UGUCAAACAAAUGGAUUCCGUGUAUUUUUGUUACGCGCUACAUUGAUCAAACUUGUUUAUUGCAGUUUAUAUCCCAAAACAAAUAUCAGGAAUCACCUAUAACGUAUUUUUAUCUUUUUAAAUGAAGUAAAAUUUCGUUGAUUGUUAUUUUGUGAUAUUAAUCAUGCAAUAAUUGUGACAAAAUGAGGCGAGGUCACCCAAGCAUCGGUGGUUGGAGAGGUGAAAAUCCGAGGCAUUUCAGGCCGAGAGGCGGAAUACAGCAACAUUACAUGCCCCCAAGAAAUUAUGGAAUGCCUGAAAUACCCAGAUUCACCCCAUCUGCUCCUGGUCCACGAAUGCACAGACCAGCACAUUAUGGCACUCAUACGGAUGAAUACAGAACGCGUGACCAUCUGGAACGAAAGCCUUACAGGGGGGCCAAUCAUAAAAGUGCACCACAGAGAUCCCACGACAGAAAUCGAUAUCAAAAUAAAAGUGGAAUGAGGCACAUUAUACCAUUUAUACAACAUGCAAGACACAAGGAAAAUCAUGGAUCAUAUGUUGAGGAAGACUUUUAUACAGAAAAUCAACCAAUUCAUACAGGUCAUGUUAAUAAUAUGGGAGAUGUGGAUCAUCGACUCCAACCCAGCACUCCCAAACAUCAUAACAGCUUCACCAACCCUCAUGUAAACACAUCAUGGAAUAAUCAGCAACAAAAAAGCAGGCCGCCCUAUGAAAAUAGAAGUCCACAGAAAACCUUCAGGCUGCAGGAGUCUGGAGAAACACAUAAAAAGCCAUUGUUAGACUACCCCGGACAUAGGCCGCCUGCUUCAGACUACUAUGGUGGCACCCCUAAUACAAUGACAAGUGCGAAUAACACUUCUUUCAGUCGGUCAGUGGACGAUACUGUUGACAUUGUGAGAAAAAGGUUAAUGCACCGAAAUGAAUCACAAAGCUCUCAAGAAGAUAACUCAGUUACUAAUUCUCAUUCUGAUCUGACAACAGAAAAUAACACCUAUCCCCCAAGUCAAUCAGGCCAAAUCCCUAAGAAAAAAAUCUUACCACCAAAACCAACAGUAAAAUCAAAUUGCGACAAAAUGAAAAAUAAAAUUGUACACCAACUCUUCAAAAUGGAUAAGGAUAAAAUACAUAAACUAAUGGACAAUCCAAACUCAUCAACAAAGUUUGAGUAUGCCAUUAGUAGUUUGAUCACAGAGUCUCAGAACAGUCUUAAUCGCCAUCUGAGAUCUAUAGCAGAGAAAUCAUUGUGCAGCUCUAGUGAGGACUUCAUAAAUAAUGACAAUAAUACUAUCUAUGAGGAUACAUUUAUGAAACAAAUGCAAUGUAUAUUAGACCCUCAAGAUACUAUUUUACUUGAAGACAUAAAACCACUUGUAAUGGCAGAGCUCACUAAAGUCUUGCAACUUGAUGAAGUUGAUCAAACACAAACUGUAACUGAAAUUGAAAGGCCAGAUUUACAUAAUCUUUCAAAUGAGCACACUGACUAUGCAUAUCCUGAAUCUUAUAAUUAUGAAGAUUAUCCUCAAGAUAUUUAUUGUGACAUUAAAGACUAUAUUCCAAAUGAAUUUUCCGAAAAUGCUUCCAAUACUGAAACAAAUAGCAGCUAUGAUUUAUCAAGCUCAUACCAACAAGAUAUAAAACCAUUAUUUGAAAGGAGACCAGCAAAAAGAAUUGAUUAUGAACAAGAAAGAAAAAAAAGCUCUGAAAGCAGGAACUCGGGAAGAAAUCUUGAUAUUAAACCGGUUAUUGAUGAACACAGUAUAUAUAAUUUAAAUCAAGAACCAACUGACCUAUUUGAUGUUCAUUGUGAGCAAUUGUCUGAAGAUGACGAUCCUUUUGCUGAACUUGAUAAACAGUACCAUGUACCUGUUGAUCAUAAUUUUAUUGAACAUGAUGAGAUUGCAAACAUACAAUCAUCAGUUUACAACAAUAAAUUAUUACAUACGGAAAAUGAAAGUGCUAAUGCAACUAGCACACUUGAUACAUUAGACGAAAGUUUUGCUAGUUUACAUGGUGAGCAUCAUGACACAACUCCACCAUCAAUAACAAAAGAGGAACAGGAAAACAAAAGUACUGCAAUUUCUGCCAAACCAAAUGAUGUACCCAAUUUAAUCGAAACUAUUGAUAUUAAAACAGAUAAUCUACCCAAGACUAAAAGUUUAGAUAAAAAAGAACCUGAUAAAUCAACUUCUACUAAUAUUAUAAAGUCGUCUUCAAACUCUCGUAAAAGGUCGAUAGACCAACGACCCUCUCAUCGAAAAGAAAAACGUAAAAAAAGUGAGUCAAGUCCAUCAGAUCAUAAUAAAAAUAUUUCCAACAAAGUCAUAAAUGAACAAACACCUAAGAACACUGAAUCAUGUGAAGGGAGCACGAAAACUGUAUUAUGUUUAUUUUCGCAACAAAAUGCAAACUGUAAAGAGCCUAUAAAAGACAAUAAAAGGUCAAAAUCAGUAGACAAAGGAUACUCAGACAAAUAUGUUAAAAGGAAAGAGUCUCGAAAGAAAUCAGUAGACACUAAAACACCUAAAAAACGCACUACCAGUACAUCUGGUCAUUCUUCUAUAAGUCCCAAAGAAAAUACAAGUAGUAGUGGGCAAAUCUCCACACAACAAGAAGCAAAAGCUAAGCUUCAGACUAUAGAUAUAUUUACCACAAAACCAAAAAAGAUAAACUUUCAUCAAGCUCAUAGAAAUACAGCUUUAGUUCCCAGUCCAGUAAAAGGUAUUGAAAAAGACAAACCAAAACCACAAACUGGAAGCAAUAUUUUGAAAGAUGAAAGUAAAUCUGCCAAAAAAUUACAGUCUAAAGAAACUCAAACAUUUGAAAGCAAAAUUAGUACAUCCAGAUUUUGUCAGACUGAAAAAAAGAAGUUGGUUGUAAAAGCAAUACAAACUGAACCUGUAACAUUUGAGAAAUCAAAAAUAAAAUCUAAAGAUGCAUUUGAAAGAAUGAAAGAAAUUGAUCUAGAAAUCCAAGUUUUGUUACAGGAAAAGUUUCAAUUGUACAGUUCUCUUGAAUCUAAAGAUUCAUGUUCAAACACAAUGCAAGAUUUAGGAAUGACUGUAUUAAAUGUAGCACCAUAUGAAGAAACAAAAGAUGACGAUGAUAAUAGUCUUGAAAAUGUUCUAACUGGAGAUGCUAUUGUUGAUGAUUUUACUAGCAUACCAGUGGAAGAAUUGGAACAAAUAGCGCUUGAAACAGUUCAAGAAGAAGAAGAAAAUGCUGGGCGAUAUGAAAAAAGAACACGCCGUAUGACUCAAAAGUUAUUAGAACAAGAAAGGUCCGGAAGUCCCAUGACAUCGAGACGUUCCAAUAAAAAAAUUAAGACACCAAAUAUAUCCCUUUUAGAACAAAUCAUAACUGAUGACCGGCCAUUAGAAGAUAUUAUAGUUCUGGAUGAAUUAGAGUCGACACCAGUUAAAACAACAAAAAAGAAAUCUCAGAGAAACCAAUCAACUAAGAAAAAGCUUGCAGCAAAAAAGAAAUCCAAACCUCUGGAUAUUCCUUCUAACAACCUGCGAGCUUGCUCUGUUGUGUUAUGUAGAAUAAAUGUAUCACCAUAUUUAGACAAAGAGGAAAGCAAUAAUGAUGAAGGCAAAGAACAAAUCCCUGAUACCGAAGGUGACAAACCAAUAGAAAAAGAAAAACCAGAAGAACCACAACUCUCUAUAUUACAAGCAUCUAUACCAGAGCCAACCGAAAUAGUUGAAGAAACAGUAGUUAAUGACCUGCAAUUUGACAUGCUCGACGUAUCAGAAGAUAUAGUCAUAGAGGAAAACUCAGAUAAUAACUUAUUAGACAGAGGCCCCAUUGACAGAAGCCAUAUAACAAUAAACGAAGAAAUAAUCUUGGGUAACAGUCAAUCGUCAUCAGACGAUGUUUACGUACUGGAAUCGGCGCAGGGUGAGGCUGAAUGUAAAAUGUAUGAUUACUCCACUGAUGAAAAUUUGAGGCGAGAUUCUGUCACUGUAACAGGGAAUGGUGACGCAGUUUUAGCAAUAGAAUGUAUAGAGAACAACUUCAUCGCAGCGUGUUUGGACGGCAAUGUGUACCAUUUCAGCGGUGAUGGUCAGCUCAUCAACACACUGCGCGGGUCGAACCUGGCCGUCACCUGCCUGACCAUUGUGAAGGAGAAGUACGGCACCACUGUGUACACGGGCUCGUUGGACUCCAGAAUACGAUAUUAUGAUUUAGAUACGGGUGUAGAGAAAGGGCCAGAGUGCAAUGUUCUUAGUCCAAUACAAACGAUGGAUCGCGCGUGGGACACAGUGUUCGUCGGUACGAGGACUGGCUUCGUGCUGCAGUUUGAAUGCAAGAACAACAUGCUUAUCCCAGUGAGUACGGUGAAAUUUUCCGAGCAAUCGAUCUUAGCUCUUCGCGCUAUGAAAGAAGGACCACGGAAAGUGCUCCUAGUGGCGGCGCGUUCGGAAAAUGUCACCGUGAAAGACGCCCAGACUGGACUGUUGCUGAGGACCCUCUCUGGACCGAAAAUGACUGUAUACACCUUGUUAUUUGAAGACGGCAAAGUGUACUGUGGGACCAGUAGCCAUCAGAUACAUGUCUUUGAUUAUGCAACGGGUGGUCACGUGGGUUCGCACGAGGGCGGUAAGGGCGCGGUGUGUCUGCGCGCGACAGGCGGGCUGGUGUUCGCGGGCUGCUACGACGGCUGCGUGUACGUCUACCGCGAGGGAGAGACGCGGCCGCUGGCGCAACUGCGCGGACCUAGUCUGAUGCUGCUCUCACUCGCUGUUGUAGGCAGCAAGAUUAUCGCUGGAUACAAAGAUAGAAGUUUGUACAUAUGGAAAAUACCACUUAGCAUAUUGCAAGAAAUGAUUUUAUAAAGUGUACAUUGUUUAGUGAGUUUUAAAGUUAGAGCAUAGUUGAUGUAAUUACUAAUUCGAUUAGUUUUUACCAAUGUAUAUACAUGAAUAAAAAAAAACUAAUUUCGUGAAG